CUUUUCUAAAGUCUUGUGUAAAUCGUACUUUGAGUUGCCCGAGAUGACCAAAAUUUGCUCAUGAUAUAUAAGUGGUAAUGCCCACAAUGUGAUGCGUAUCAUUGUAGUAAACAUUGGGUAACUAACAACCUAACCAUGAUGUUCACUUCUGUUCUUUAUUCCUUGCUCUUCCUCUCAUUCAGAGCCAAUGCUAACUCGGAUGAGUUCAUUAUGGACUUACAAGCAGACGAUAGUGCCACUUUGAAAGAUGCAAGUCUCUACGUUGGUGAUGACGGCAAGUUCUACAUUGCCAACGUAACCACCACUGAGACUGCUUUGGUCUUGACAAAUGGUUCAUUACAUAUCACUGAUCACGAUAUUGCUGUUGGAAUUGGGAAGAAUUACCUAUCUUUGGCUGCUGAAUCUGCUUCCUAUGAAAUAGCAGAGCCAUGGAGUAUCGUGGAUGGUUAUCUGAAGUUAUACGGUUCCGAUUUCCAUGCUGUCCCUUCAGGUGAGGAUGAUACAUAUGUUCUAGGUUCCAUCAACGCUGCCGUCGGUAGAGAUGACAUGAUUGAAGUAUCUGUUCGUGCCUUGAACACGGAUAACACUGGUGCCACCGUGGCUGACUAUAACGUUGCUUCUUCCGCAUCUGAGACCGCUACUAAACAGACAGGCUCUGCUACCUCGUCAGCAACAACACUCACAAGAUUGAGCUCUACAAACGGUGCUCCUGUAUCACUGAAGGGAACCCUGGUUGCUGGCCCGGUGGCUGCUCUCCUUUUGAUGGCUAUUUAAUUGGAAUCACCUCAUUGUACCCAAGCUGCGGGCGAGCAAAAGUGGUUUUUUGGUAAACAUUCAUGCACAUUUCAAAACCGUGACAAUGUAAAGUACAAUAGAAUUAAAAUUACUAGAAGUUAAAACAGCUGUAGAAACA